AUCUCGUCAGUCGUUAUUUCUAAGCCGUAUGUUGCACGUCGGAUCCGGUCGGCGCAGCCAUGGCAGUUUUAACUCUACUAUAUUUUGGAAUUUUGUUGAUUAUGCAAGGUACACUAGGAAUACCGUGGAGUGCUAAACCUGCAGCAAGGUACGCGGGAUACGAUUUGGAACGAGGACCGGUACUGUACGAAGCUUAUUACCCCGAGGAACAAGAGGUCGAAAGUCAACCGGCGAAUACGUAUCAAGAAAAGAGAUAUUUCGAUCGCCCAAUUGUGCCCGAAAUAUCUUAUCAGAUACCAUCCGACCCGUACGAACUUCCGUAUCGCUCUGAGGUGGCACCAAACCGCGAUGAAUAUUACCAGCCAAAUUCUGCACAUUUUUCUGCCUUUUCCGGAACUAGACCUCAAACCGUACAGAGGAACAAUGACGAGCAACGCGUAGAAGAGUAUUUCCUUGGUGGGCAGCCGGUGAACGGAUUUCCGGUAAGAAAGAAUUUGGAAUUCCCGAUCGCCAACGAUUAUUCGUUCAGAGAGUCUCAGCAAACUCGUAAUUAUAUCAACCGAGAUCGGGAAGCGUCUCCGAUUGGCGAACAAAAUGAAAUGGAUAUCGAAGACGAGGUUCAACGUAUAGUGCCGAUUGAUGAUGAAUUCAUUUUUGGGGAGCGACCGGUACAGAAAGUACCGGACUUCACGGAGUCGUUUAGGAAUCCGAAUGAAAACAAAGUAUUCAAUGCUCAGAGGGUUGACUCUGAUCUAAACGAUCGAGAACAAAUUCAACCACUGCCGAUGGAAAAUAUUUUUGAACCACGACCGCAGAUAAUCAACUAUGUGUUUUCUACGCCGGAAAAAACGAAUGUUUUGAAACCAGUUCUCGACAUUACACCGGAAUUCGAAGACAAUGAUUGGCCAAGAAAUUAUGGCGAUAAUUUGAUUCAAGAUGAAAUAAAAAGGGCGGAUGAAAAAGAGUUGAAGCAACAAGAAGGCAAGAUUGAUUCCAUAGAAGUUAGUCAAGUACCGCAUCACAAAAUACGGCACCACCACGGAGAACGGCCCAAACGAAAUUACGUGCACCAGUAGGCAAUAAUGUCUGUUAAUCGUGAAAACUUAAGCAAUCGAGUAACAAAUACUGAUAAAAAGUGCAAAUAAAAUCAGACGGUGUACCAUAACUGUGUUAAAAUAUUUAUACUUAUCUAACCAGUUACAUUUCCUUCAAGUUCCAAGGAACUCGUCUGCCUCCUCUCCGGUCGGGGAAAGUAGCACGUGUGAGUUAUUGUCAAGUACGAGCACUGAAUGCGCAGGUCCUUUUGAACAGAUCAACUUUUAUUAAUCUUGUAUAAUAGGAUGGCAUUGCUAUGACAAUAUAUAACAACUAUUAAUUUUUAUUCUAUUUAUACACUAACAAUAAAGACUUUCUAUUACUAGAUAUUUAUACACAUGAAUUAAUAAAGAGUUAUGCACACGUCGAAAUAUUUCUCAAAAUCACUUUCCUACACAUAUAGAAUACAUAGAACAUGUGUAUCGCGCAGAAUGACUGAUACAUAGUUGUUUCGAAAAAUUUUGAUGACAUUUCUAAUUGUAACAUUUUUUCGUUUGAAAUUCAUGAUAUCACCGGUUGGCUGAGGUAUUAAUAAUUUGUAGAAAAAUGAAAGUUUCAAUAUGUUUCACAUAUUUAUAGCAUUUAAUAAUACAUCUUGAAUGAAAUAGAUCAGCCCGCAUUAUUGUCAUUGCUUUUAAAUUUUUAUUCCCUUUUUAAUUCGUAUUAAAUAUAUAAGUAGUGAAUCUAAAAAUUUGUCACUAGUAUCUGUUGGAAUUUACGUUAAUAUUGAGCAGUUUCGCGAGUUCAACUGGAUUGGUAAAUAACAAGUGUAUGCAAACAGAAGGCGUAAUGGAAAGAGUGAGUUUUUAAUGAUUUGACAGCAAUUGCUUAUGAGAUUCCUUUUUCACAUUUUCAAAAUAUGCGAGUUAGAAGGAGUAAAUCACAAUGACUUUACAAGUUACCUACUCUAUUGGAACACAACUUCUUUUGGUGAAUAGUCUCAGUUUGCUAAGUCUAGUUUUAUCUUUAAUUUCAUCAGAUGAAAUAGUACAUCUUCAAACAGAAGAAUUAUAUUCUUGGGUACAAAAUGUAUUCACUUUUGCGACAAGUCAAUGUUAAUAAACGAUCAUACGCUUACAUUGUUAUUGGAAUUUUCAUUCUAUAGAGAAAAUAGAAGCCAUGACCUGUGCGAUCACUCACUUCUCACUAUGUUUUAGCUACUUAUUUAUUUAUUUUUAGGCAUACCGAUUCAUGCUUAAGGUUUCGAAUACUGGAAAAUAUAUUCAUUAGGGCCAAACUUCUCGUAAUCCGUAAACACCAAACACACUGUACUGCACUGAGCUAAUCUAAAAAUGUUUUCAAAUCAUUGCGUUUUGUCAACAUAAGUACGGUCUGAGAAUCUCAAAAAGAGCGAGUCGAUUUUUAAGAAUAAACGGUUUACACAUCAAAACAGAAAUAUAGUUACGCUGUCAUCAGAUGUGUCAAUCCCACUUUUGAAUUUAUUUAACGUAGCUAUGAGUAGAGAUAUGCGAUUUUACAAUCUUUAAAAUCGAAGGAAACCAAAGUAAGGGAAUACUUGACCACGUAUGACGUGUAGAACCACUAUUUGCUACUAUUAUUUUUGUAAUUAUUACACUUUGAAAUACGUGUUGAUAGACAUACACGUACGUACUCGUAAAUUUGCAUUAAAGUUAUUUUUCACAAACAUAAUACUUGGAACAAAUAUAGAUUCCUAGGUUUCUCUGAUGGAGCAGUCGUCACCUUCCGAAGUCUUCAUGGACAGCAAAUACAUCGCUAGAGCACCUAUGUCACGAUCCACGUGACUUAUACAAUUAUUUACCUGAUUUCUCACUUCAACUUAUCACAAUACAUAAAUUUUGUUUUGUUUUCAAUCUUAUUGCGAAAAUUAUCAAUCCCUAAAUAAUGAAAUACUGAUGAGACUUCGCUUUCAAAGUAAUUCAAUCAAACCUUGUGCUACAUAAUUGAAUAUCUAUGCCCUGUUUUGCUGAAGCUAAGUUAAUUUUAUAUACUAGUACGUACAUACAUUCCAUGGCUACUACAUGGAACACAACUUUUUUAGAUUUGAAAUACCAUGAUUAUUUGCUAACGUACAUCUAUUAUUGCAGACAUAGACGCAAGAUUCAAUUACCUAUGGUUACGUUAUAUUAGCUUAGCACUCCCACAGGCUCAGACACGGACUUCUGUACAUGAGUGUUCUUUGAUGAUCUACCACUUCAUGUAUUGCUGUAUGAAUUAUUAGUACGAUUUUCUAGAAGUGAUACUAAUCAUUUCAGAAUAGUAACAUUCUCGGAAAUU